GACCAAACUAAGCCCGUCUCAUAACUUCUCUGGCUCGUGUCUUUUUCUAUAACUAUACGCUGUGCACAACAACACAUAUACGUUUUAAACAUUUUUCUUGGGUUUGCCCUGGCUUCCUCGCCUGCAUUCAUCAGAAAAAAGCAAACUCUAACUAAUAGUUGUAUUAUUAUCCUGUCUUUUAUGUUUUUUUUUUUUAUACCUACGCAGUAUAACCAUGCUGGAUCAUGGCUUGGUGAAUGGAUGAAUGAAUUUUUAGAAAAAUAAAAAAAAAUAGAAAGUCAUUAUUAUUCGGAACCAUACCCUUUUUCUUUCCCUUUUUUUUUUGGGAGGAUAUUUGAUAUUUGAUUUUUGCUUUCACCCUUUUUUCUCCCGCCUUUUUUCUGACACCGGCAACUUUAGCCUUUCUCUUUUUUCCCACUAAUACACAGUAAUAAACUGUAUCCCUUCUGCGUAAUCCGCCGCUGCCACUAAUAAGAAACUCCUUGACCAGACCAAGUGGAACAGAGCCCAGCGAGGCCUGGUUUAUCUCCAUCCCGCCAUGCUCCAUCCGUGGUCGCUACUGCGUAUGUGAGACUCCUCUUUCGUCUUCCCAAAAGCGCCGAGAACCUCCCCUUGUUAAGUUGUUAUUACGACUCUUCCCUUAUCCUGCUCCACCAGCCUUUCCCUGGGCCGGGCUGAGGGGGGUUGCUGAGUUAAGUGGGCUGUUGGGUGGUGUGGUGGUGGCUCAUGUUCGUUCCUGCGACUUGCUCGUUCUCCGAUUCAUUCGUUGAUACUCUGUACGUACAAACUAGAUAGACUUAUUACUUACCUUUCGUCAUUGCCCGCCUCCUCACUACUACUACUACUACUACUACUACUACUACUACUACUACUGACUACCCACCCCCAUUUAUUGCAUUUUUUUUUCCCUUUAUUAUUUCUCUCUCCCUUCCAUUCAAUCAGCUCACUCACUGUUUAUCAAGCCGGCCUGGUAUAUAGUUUUGUUGUUGGGGCUGCGCUCUGUCUGGUCCAACCAAAGAAAACCUUGCGGCUCCCCUUCCACCGCCCCAACUUGCGUCACUCUUCACCUCUUCACCACCACUCGAAUUCCAAUUCAACCGCCUCUCGCUGUAACUCUUGUGAAUCGACUCCAGUCCUGAUUGAUGCCUGCCCUGAUAGACCGAUGGACCGAUAGCACAAUUGAGUGACCGGCUUCCGCCGCCCUAGAUGACCGUCCUCACCCCUACUACAGUCUCUUCUGCUACCAACUACUCCUCUCCUACUCCCCCUUCUCUCCCUCCUCGUUCGUCUUUCCAUUCCAUUCCCUUCCACCCAGGAGGCUAUAUAUCAGGUAUCCCUCCUCCACAUUUGCCGUUCGAUACUCCUUAAUCCCAUACCCUUUCCUCUACCGGUGCCGCCGUCCCCAUGCCUGGCGUUCUUCCAGCCGCCUAUCCGCAGCUUACUUCCGCACACCCGCUUGCUCCGAGCUAUUCCACCUACAACAAUCCCAGCAUCAGGAAUAUUGUCGAAGGAGGAUCGGUGGGAGCCAAAACAAAUACACAUUGCAGAUCCAGUGAGACUUCCUCUGGGGACACGAGGAAGUGGUCCUCACCACUUCGCUUUGGGUUGUCUACCCCGCCGGAGGAUAUGGCAGGUGUUGCUGUAAAGCAGUCUGUCCCGUCGCUCCCACCAUCCAGCUAUGGAACAACAACCCCAUAUCGGAUCCAGACGUCCUAUUCGAACGCUGCCCCCGAGAGACCAUCCAUCCAGAUAGUGACGAGGAGGGACAUGGCCUCGAGCGCCGUGAGCUCCCGGAUACAACAACCACCCUCUCAGACGAGCCAGCUCCCAGAGACCCGUGAGAAGGAGAACUCGGGCAGUUCAAUAGCUCCGUAUUUGCAGAUUCCAUCAUCCAUCAAUCAUAGCAGAGGCAGUCUGGCGGAAUUCACUGCACAGAUUACAUGCCUCUUCUGGUUCGAAAAAGCGUCGAAACUUAACGUCGUCCUGAAUUCCUCGUCUUCAAAGUACCAUAUUCCACCACUUAUGCCUGAAUCGAUACCAACAAUCGGCUUUCGGAAAUGGGUCACUACAAUCCUUUCCACGACACAAGUCAGCCAAAAUGUCGUGCUCUUAGCCCUCCUAUUUAUCUACCGUUUGAAAAAAUUCAACCCCGCUGUGAGAGGGAAACGGGGAAGCGAAUUUAGAUUAAUGACGAUAGCUUUAAUGAUGGGAAACAAAUUCCUGGAUGAUAAUACAUAUACGAACAAGACCUGGGCCGAAGUAUCCGGUAUCUCAGUCCAGGAAAUCCAUAUAAUGGAGGUGGAGUUUCUUAGUAAUGUUCGAUAUAACCUAUUCGUGACGAAAAGUGAAUGGGAGCAGUGGCACACCAAGCUUGGAACAUUCGCAGACUAUUUCACAAAAGCUGCUCGACUUCCACUCGAUAACGAGGCGCAACCUACCACCCCGACUACGCAACCCUCCCCUCAUCUCACACCCACAACUCCUACAUCUGCUACACAUCUACCAGGCCGACCCCCAAAGCUACCCUCUCCUCCUGGCCUAACAUCAUAUGUGCCGCCACACCAUCCAAAAUACACACCAGCGCCUCCACCCAUUUUGGGCCACCCAAGUCUGUCUCCGCGUCAGUCGUCAUGGACAGUGAAAUCGAAUUCGGGGCUUCAUCGGAAGCGAAGCUGGGAAGGACCAGUAGAGGAGCAUCCCUCAAAGAAAAUGGCCAUAUCAACCGUGUCUGGCCCUGCGUCUCUUCCUACACUUCCACCCGUAACAGCAGUCACCGGAGGCCAUAUUCCACCCUUGACAAUGCCCUCCGUUCCACAAUUAGCAAUUCCCACGCUCCCUUCGUCUCUACCACAACUUCCACGGCUCAAUUUUGCACUGGCACAACAGCAUUACCCUCCAUUUGCCCCACAAUCACAGCCUCCACCCAUCCUACCACCUUCUACCCGUGCCAUGGCCACGGUUUACCCACCUGUUAGCACCUGGAGCCAACGCACGCCGCCAACGACGACGUUAGCCCCCAUACCUCACACGCUACCUAGUACCUCUACGAACUACCCCGACCAACCCAAACACCAAAGCCAAUACACCUCGACCUCCGCCACUAUAUCUCCAGCUCUCUCCGCCUACUCUGUACAUACACCCACCCGACUCUCCCCAUCCUUCGUCAUCGAUAGAAACUCCCCCUACCGACCCGUCCGGCAGGUCAACACAUUGCUGUAUCCUCCCCCAUCCGCUUCUAUGAACCAUGCUCGCCAUCUCCCGCUUGAUCAGAUGCACUACCAACCGUUGGGGAAGUCCGUAACUGAGCGAAAGACUGGUGUGCUUCCUUACUCCCAAAACAACAGUUGUAAUGAAACUUGGUUUGAUUCGCAAUCGCAUUUUCAGUCUAGCUGUCCGCAAAAUCAUCAUCAUCCACGUCAGCAGCAUCAGCAAGAACUACAGCAGCUGUAUCAAGGCCAAUCCUUUCGUUGAAUCAAUUGAGGGGCAUUUUGGAGCACUAGACGCAAUUCCAUAUACUUUAGACGAUCUAACUUACCCCUCGUCGACGAUGCGUCUCUUUCCAAUCAUACACUCUUUUUAACGGUUUUUUCUUCGCUUUUAUCUUUUGAUUUCAGCCGGCAGACUUGUACAGCGUCGUUCCGGUCCUUCGUUUCGUUUCACUCUCUCUCUUCUUCUUCUUCCUUUUUUUUUUUUUUUUCUUUUUUUUUUUUUUUUUUUUCCUCCAGCUUCAUGACGAAUACCACUUAUAUUUUUCCAAAGCAUUGCGUCGGAGUUUCGCUUAGAUGGGUGUCUAUUAUUGGUACUUUAUAUGUUAUUUUUAUCUUUUCUCUUUGUUUUUACUCCAGUUCAUUUUCAUUUCCCUUUUUACCGGGCGGUUUUUUUGAUCUUCAAUUAUUUUUUCUCCUUUUUCUUUUACUACCAUCAGUGUCACUACUAUUAUUCUAUUUCCAUGGGCGGUUCACUAUUGUUGUUAUCUAAGACCUUUCCACGGCGGUUUUUUU